AUGCAAAUGAUGAAAAAUUCGGUAUUUCGCAAGUCGUCGGCGGGCUUGUUAUCGACAUACGCUAGCAGAUACAGUUUACCUCUGCUGAGCUCAACUAAUCAUAAUUGUUUUCACCAAGGACGAUAUCAAGCAGCACGACGUUAUGCGACAACCACAAAUUAUAACAUUCCAAUCACACUUGUACGGAAGAAUAAGAUAGCUUACCGUCUGAAAGCUUUAUUUUUGGCACUUGUUCCAAUAGUAACAUUUGGCCUAGGCACUUGGCAGAUACAGAGACUGCGCUGGAAAGUAGGAUUAAUAGAAUUAUGCGAAGAGCGAUUAUCUACUCCUCCCAUUACGCUUCCCAAGAAGUUUAAUCGAAAACUCGUUGAUGACCUGUAUUACAGACGCGUCAACGUCACUGGUAGGUUCCAACACGAUAAAGAAAUGCUCGUUGGGCUUCGUUCGCGCUUUAAUCAACCGGGAUAUAAUGUUAUUACUCCUCUUGAACGGGAUGAUGGAUCAUCAGUUUUGGUAAACAGAGGAUGGAUAUCUCGAGAUAAAGCCGAUCCGUCAACGAGACCGAAUAGUCUACAGGAGGGAAUAGUUACGAUAGAUGGAAUGGUAAAGAAUGGCGAAAAGAGAGGUAUUUUUGUACCAAUGAACAAAGUAGAAGAAAACGAGUGGCUCUGGGCCGAUAUUGACACAAUGGCCGAGAGAACAAACGCUCUGCCUAUACUCGUGGAGAAAUCGUUAGAUGUCUCUCCGUAUGUUGUCAACAAACUCAUCGACGAGGGGGAUCCGGUUGGAAAGACACCUGCAGUAGAGCUACGAAAUACCCAUACGCAGUAUGCCGUUACAUGGUAUUCUCUAUCUGCCUUGACUAGUGUAAUGUUCUUUAUGUACAUUAAGAAGCCAAGAACCGGAACUUUGAGAAAACAUUUCCUACAAGGAUAA